AUGAAAGGUACCGGUCGCUGCUGCUCUGUGCCGGGGGGGCGGCAGAGGGGACCGGUGGCUUUGGGGGCUGCCCGCCGCGGGACCUCGGCCCCAGGCCGCAGGGUCUCCUCGACCCUGGUGGAAGCUGGCGGGCAGGUGUUUGCCAUCGGGGGCUGCGAUGAUAACGGCGUCCCCAUGGACUGCUUCGAGGUCUACUCCCCUGAGGCUGACCAGUGGACCUCGCUGCCCCCCAUGCCCACGGCCCGGGCAGGGGUGGCUGUGGCCGCCUUGGGCAAGCGGAUCAUGGUGAUAGGAGGGGUCGGGGUGAAUCAGAUGCCGCUGAAGAUAGUGGAGAUGUACAACAUAGAUGAGGGCAAGUGGAAGAAGAGGAACUCGCUGAGAGAGGCAGCCAUGGGCAUCUCGGUGACGGCAAAAGACUACAGAGUCUAUGCAGCUGGUGGGAUGGGAUCUGACCUGCGGCCGCACAACUACCUGCAGCACUACGACAUGCUCAAGGACAUCUGGGUGUCACUGGCGGCCAUGCCCACACCCAGGUACGCUGCCAUGUCCUUCCUGCGAGGCAGCAAGAUCUACGUGCUGGGUGGAAGGCAGUCCAAGUAUGCUAUCAACGCCUUCGAGGUCUUUGACACAGAGACCAGGUCAUGGACCAAGUUCCCCAACAUCCCCAACAAAAGGGCCUUCUCCAGCUUCGUGCCCACAGAAGACAAACUCUUCAGUCUCGGGGGCCUGCGGCAGGGACGACUCUACCGGCAGCCCAAGUUCAUGAGGACCGUGGACGUGUUUGACAUGGAACAAGGUGGCUGGAUGAAGAUGGAGCGCUCCUUCUACCUGAAGAAAAGGCGAGCAGACUUUGUGGCUGGCUACCUGAAAGGCAGAGUCGUCGUGGCUGGGGGACUAGGAAACCAGCCGACCGUCCUGGAGUCCGUGGAGGCCUUCCAUCCCGAGAAGAACAAGUGGGAGAGCCUACCCCCCAUGCCCACCCCGCGCUGUGCCUGCUCCAGCAUCGUGGUCAGGAACUGCCUGCUGGCCGUUGGCGGGGUGAGCCAGGGCCUGAGCAGUGCCGUGGAGGCCCUGUGCCUCUCCGAUUCCUAG